AUGGGGUUCAAAGCUCUCUGUUUGGGUCUGUUUUGUGCUCUCUGUGCUUCUUACAUUUAUAUCACCAUUCCAGGCAACAUUGAAGAAUACUGGAAAGUAAUAGCCUUAUUUACAGUUGCUAAAACCUGCACAUUUAUGGAUAUGUGUUUUGAAAACUUAGGUAUUAUGAAACAUGGGGACUUAAUUUCCAUGAUAUUCAGUCUGGACUAUACACAGCCACUCUCAGAUGAAAAUGUCACAGUGACCGAUACAAUAUUUGUUGAUACUCCAGUACGUUUGUACUUGCCAAAGAGAAAGUCAGAAAUCCGAAGACCAGCUGUCAUCUAUAUUCAUGGUGGUGGUUUUUGCUUUGGAAGUUUCAGGCAGAAGGCUUAUGACUCCCUGAAUAGAUGGACUGCAAACAAACUCAAUGCUGUUGUUGUGGGAUUGGACUAUAGACUAGCUCCUCAACACCAUUUUCCUGCUCAGUUUGAAGACAGUUUCACUGCAGUCAAAUUUUUUCUUCAAGAUAAAAUUCUUAGAAAAUAUGGAGUGGAUCCCACCCGAAUCUGUGUUUCAGGAGACAGUUCUGGGGGCAAUUUGGCAGCAGCUGUGACUCAACAGGUGCAGAUUGAUCUUGAAAUAAAGCAUAAAAUCAAGCUUCAAGCUUUAAUUUACCCUGUCUUACAGAUAAUAGAUUCUUGUUUGCCAUCUCACCAAGAAAAUGAGCAUGGUAUAAUUCUAACAAAGGACUUGGGCAUAAAACUCGUUAGCUCAUAUAUCACCACUGAUGAAACAGUUACCCAAGCAAUGAGAAGAAACCAACAUAUGCCUCUGGAAUCAAGACACCUGUUUAAGUUUGUUAACUGGAGUACUCUUUUACCCAAGAAGUAUAGAAAAAACCAUGUUUAUACCGAACCAGUUCUUGGAAGACAUAAUUAUUCAUUGCCAGCACUUAUGGAUAUCAGAGCAUCUCCCUUGUUAGCCAAUGAUUCUCAGUUACAGAACUUGCCAUCAACCUAUAUUCUUACCUGUCAGUAUGAUUGUGUAAGGGAUGAUGGACUUAUGUAUGUUACAAGACUUCAAAAUGUUGGAGUUCAAGUUACUCAUGACCAUAUUGAGAAUGGGUUCCAUGGAGCUUUAUUGUUCAUGGUGUCACCACCGUACUUACGUCUAGGUCUCAGGAUAAGAGACAUGUAUGUUAGUUGGCUGGAUAAGAAUUUAUAAAUAUAAUAUAUAUAAAAUAUAUAGGGCCACCAGUUAAUGGGUUGUAAUUUGUGAUAUACAAAUUAUCACAGGUGUGGUACAAAGAACAUUGUCAUUUGUGUU